CGAAACGGUCACCCUGCUGAGUCUACCCCUCCUGCGUCGGCAAAGGAGGCCAAGAGCAAAGCCUGGACUUUACCUAGCGGCAGCUGGGAAGAGGAGGUCGAGAGCAUUGACGCCUGUGAGGACGAGGAAUCUGGAUCGUUGAUCAUCUAUCUGAACUGGCGCAACGGCCAGAAGACUAAGCACUCCAAGGACGUCGUGUACAAGCGAUGCCCCCAAAAGAUGCUGCAAUUCUACGAAAGACACAUUCGCAUCAUCAAGGCGGGUCCCGAGCCCACGGAGGAGGCCCAGGUGUAGUACAAAAGCUUAGCGUUUAGGGGAAAUGGGGUUGAGGCUGAUGAUGCAUUUGUUAUCGUCGCGGGCUUUUGGGGAAUGUUACCCAGGCCAUUUGAUGUUUUUAGGGCUUUUAGGUCUCCGUACCUUGCGGGGGUUCUCUGAAGAUGGUCUAGUAAGGCCUCAGUUGUACUCCGUACUUAGGCUCAUGACUUUCCGACUAAGCUUACUAUCUACCCGAGUUAACAAAAACACAACACAGGAUUCGGAUUUCCUAUUGCUGGAAACAGGCUGUGGUUCCCCUCUCAGUCUUUCGGUCCAAGCGAUCCUUUUCUGUAUUCCCAUCACCAACAUAACAGUAGGAAACCGGGCUCCUCUGGCAGUGAUUCAAUGGGUGAAUCAAGAUCUGGCCCAUGCCAGCCGUAAGCCAUGUUACGAAUUCAUGAACAAGAUCCAUCCCGAAUGGAUGUCGUCGGGUGCUGAGUUCAGGCACGAUGCAGAUACCACUCGUAAGAUCGUCUACAAAGUCUCCUUGCACUCAGAUAUGUAUGGAAAGGUACAUACGAAUACACGGAAGAAGAAAAACGGUGGGGGGGCAACCAAGCUGAGAAGCUCACGAGGUUGGGUGACGGGUGAGGAUGUCAAAAAGCCGGUAAGACCCACUAAAACAGCUCGAGACCCCUGUUAUGCAGGCGGCUGGGUGUCGUGUGUGGUGUGGUAGCGUUGCCGCGCUUUUUCUCGACCAGCCUCUCGCAUUUCUGUUGACUUGGGCCGUAAAGCUGGUGGCGGGGCAACGCUGCUUUUUAACGUG